AUGGCGCCCGACACUCUCGAUCUCAGCGGCAAAGUUGCCAUUGUCACCGGCUCUGGCAAAGAGACCGGCAUCGGUGCCUGCAUUGCUACCACUCUGGCUCGAAACGGGGCACUUGUCGUUAUCAAUCAUGUUUCUGAUACCAGCAAAACACGAGCAGCCGGUGCUGCAGAAGCAAUAUGUCAAUGCGGGGGAAAUGCUAUUGUCGUCCAAGCAGAUGUGUCCACCAUCGAGGGGGCAACUAAACUGGUCCACCAAACUCUUGAAGGAUUCCAGGUCGACCAUAUUGAUAUUAUCGUCAACAACGCAGCAGGCGGCGCUCCCCACGGAACCCUCCAAGCAACACGCAACUCCAUCGACGCCGUAUUCGCCCCAAUCGUCUAUGCACCCAUAUUCCUACUCCAAGCUGCAAUCCCCCAUAUGCCUCGCGGCAGCCGGGUGAUAAACAUAGGCUCCGAGGCAUCACGGCUAGGCAUGGCGCCGAUUGCCAUAUACGGCGCCGCAAAAGCCGCGCAGGAUGCGCUGACAUACUCGAUGGCAAUGGAGGUGGGUCGCAGCCAUGGUAUAACUGUCAAUACUGUCUCACCUGGGCCAGUGGACACGGAAGCUUUGCCGAAGGAGCAGGCCGAGAAGGUGAAUGGGCUUUUGGUGCCGAUGACGAGGGCGGAGGGGAGAGUUGGCACAACGGGUGAUAUUGCGGAUGCGGUGCUGCUUCUUGUCUCGGAGAAGAGUCGCUGGAUUACCGGGCAGGUUAUUUCUGUUAGUGGAGGGAUUACGGGGGGUUGA